CCUGCCCUGCCCCCUCCUCCUCCUCCCCCCCCCCUCUGGACUCAAUCACUGCCACCUCCCUUGCCCGUCUCCUUCCCUCGCGUGUGUCCGUGCGUGCGCGCGCGCUUGUGUGUCUGUGUGUGUGUGUAUCUGUCGGGUGCUGGUUAAUCCCCACCCUCCUCUUGCUGCGUCCCUACGCUCCUGCAGGCAUGUCGGACAAUUGCACCCUUGUCAUGACUCUGACCGGGCUGCCAACCGAGCAGGCCCUUCAGCUGUUGGAGAUCAGCGGCGAUGAUGUCGACAGCGCGGUUUCCUUCUACUUCGACAAUCCCGGCAUGUUCUCGCAUCCCAACAGCUCCGAUUCCUCUUCCAAUUCCCCGGUCCCCGUGGGCUUCGACGAGGACCAGGUCCGCGCGCCGCUGGCCCAGCGCCAGAUUCGCCUCCAAGACAGCGCCGACUUCUAUGGCUACGGCAUGAGCUACGAGCCUCGAUACUCCCGGCAAGAUCUCAGCAACUCUCUUCACACCUCGUCCUUCGCGGCGGCGGCCGCCUGCAGCCGGUCAAGCUCCCCCUCCAGCCCCUCCUCCGGAUACCCGGACGGGGACAUCCUGGACCGGCUGUUCCGCCGGCCAGCCUACAUCUUCGGCGGGAGUCUGGACUCCGCGCGGCAGAGCGCCAUCGCCUCGGACCGGUGGCUCAUGGUGAAUCUCCUGCGCACCGGGGACUUCCAGAGUGACUGUCAAAACCGCGACGUCUGGAACACGGCCGCCGUCACCGACCUGAUUACCGAGCACUUUGUCAUGAUCCAGUAUGGCUCGGACACGCCACUCGGUCGGUCAUACGCCGAAAUGUAUCCCGUCCGGAAUUAUCCGUACAUCGCCAUCCUGGAUCCGCGCACCGGGGCCAUUGUCAAGUCGGUCGAUCGUGUGGUCACCAAGGAGGAGGUCCUCCGUAUGAUUCGGAGCUUCCUCCAGGAAAAUGGCGACAACCUGUCGGCCGAGGAGCAGGAGCGCAUCCGCUCCGGCCGCGCGGUCAGCACCAUGGAUGACGAUGAGCAAAUUCGCCUGGCGCUGAUCACCUCGGCUCUGGAACAGGGCAGCGAGCUGACCGACGAGCAGCUGGAGCGCGAAUUGGCCGUCAUCAAGCAAUCCAAACGCCCACGCCACUCUCCGGCCGCCGCUCCGGCCGUGGUGGACCUGUCGGUGGAUUCCGAUGACGAUGGUGCUUCGGGUCUCGCCGGGUCGGGAUCGCCCGGUGGGCCCGGACCGGAUGCCGCGGCUGCGGCCGCCGGGUCUCCGCCGGCCGGUGUGGACGUCUCACCGGCCGAGCCGCCCCACCCGAGCCUUGGUGUGGCGGCUGCCGAGCGGGUCUACGACCCGAAGGCCCCGGGCAGCGCCCCGACGCGCUUGCGUCUUCGUCACCCCGGGGGUCAGGUGGUCUGCUCCUUCGAUCGGAAUGACCCGGUUCGCUCUUUGUACGCCCAUGUCCGGGCCAUCUGCGAUGCCGCGGCCUUCCCCCAUGGCUUCGAGAUCUCGUCCACCCUGUCCGGGCUCGGGGACGAGGCCGGCACGGCCAUUCCCUCAAGCCAGCGGCUGGAUGAUACCCUGGCCGAUGUGGGCUUCGUCAAUUGCAUGCUCCAUGUCAUCCCGGUGGAGCUGGACUGAGCGCCCGAUGGUGACACCCGGCUCGGCAUCCCUCCUCCUCCUCCCCCCCCCCCCCACCUUCUCCCCCGCCCCCGUUUUGAUGGAAAAGUGCUCGCUAGCCACGGGCCCCGGAGGGAGAGAAGCAAGGGCCGAGGGGCAACUCGUGCACCCAGCAGCCCGGGAAGUUCUGCCGAGUGGCAAGUCCCUUGGCCAGAGAAGGGCUCCGGGGAGAGCUCAGGGAACGAGGAGCAUCAGCAUGCUGCCUUUGCCUCUCCCUCUGUCUACCUUCCUCUUCUGUCUCUCCAUCGUCUUCCCGCUCUUCCUCCUUUUUUUUCUUUCACACCAAGCCACAAAGGCAUUCAUGAUGUUGCUCUUCCAUCCUGAGCCCUGCGAUGUCUCUCGUUCUCCAGCACGAUCACACAUGUGAUCAUAUGAUCGGCUGACCAGAUAUUCUCCAAUGUACUUGACACUCGUUCUUCGGGACGGAGAUGAAGA